AUGAGCGACAAAAAGCAAGAGGGAAAAAAGCCGGAAGUGACGGAAAAGGAGCUGGAAAACAUGGCUCUUCGAGUCGAGAAGCUGGCUGCGAAAGCGCAAAAGAGCGAAGUGAAGGAUAUGAUGAAGGGCGAGAGUUCUUCCAGCAGCAAAGGGUCGGCCAAGAAUGAAGCGGAAAUGCGAGCCAAGCUCAUGAGCAUGAUGCAAAAGUUGGCCUUGAUGGAACAGACCGGUGCUUUGAAAGCUCCCGGAAAGAAGGAUAUGGGCGAUCACAAAUUCUGGAAUACUCAGCCUGUGCCGAAGCAUGACGAACAGGUUACAGAGGUAGGCCCUAUCGAACCUUCGGUGCCUGUGGAUCAAGUGAGCCGCGAUCCACCUGCAUUGCCCAAAGAAUUCGAAUGGUGUUCGGUUGAUGUCACCAACGAAAAAGAGCUCAAAGAGUUGUAUGAACUCUUGACCUAUAAUUAUGUGGAAGACGAUGAUGCGCAAUUCCGUUUUGACUAUUCCGCUCGAUUCUUAAAAUGGGCAUUGCAACCUCCCAAAUGGAAGAAAGCUUGGCAUGUUGGUGUUCGCGUGUCGUCCAAUAAGAAACUUGUAGGUUUUAUCAGUGGUAUUCCUGCCGAUCUUAGAACAUACGAUGUUACGCAGCCUUUGGUCGAGAUCAAUUUCUUGUGCGUUCAUAAGAAGCUUCGUUCCAAACGUCUUGCCCCUGUCUUGAUUCGAGAAGUAACACGUCGUAGCCACUUGGAAGGCAUCUUCCAAGCCGCCUACACGGCCGGUAUUGUCAUUCCCAAACCUGUUUCCACAUGCCGUUACUACCAUCGUUCCUUGAAUCCAAAGAAGCUCGUUGAAUGCAAUUUCUCCCGGGUGCCUCCCAAGUGGACGUUGGCACGCAUGAUUAAGCACUACAAGUUACCGGCCGAAAUAUCGACUCCUGGUUUGAGAGUAAUGAAGGAAGCGGAUGUACCUCAAGUGCGUGCAUUGCUGAAUAGCUACAUGUCACGGUUCGAUGUCGCACCUGUGUUUGAGACAGAUGACGACGUGAAGCACUGGAUUCUGCCUCACGAGGAAGUUGUGUGGAGUUAUGUUGUCGAAGAUGCUGAGACCCACAAAAUUACCGAUGUCUUCUCCUUUUACACUUUACCGAGCUCGGUCAUUGGUAAUCCCAAACACUCUACUCUCAAUGCAGCUUACAUGUUCUAUUAUGCUAUGGAGAUUCCAUCGGAUAUCAAGAAAAACAAGGUCGAAUCGAUGAAGUACAUCAAGAAACGCUUGAACGAGCUCAUGAAGGAUGCAUUGAUUCUCGCCAAACAGUUGGACUUUGAUGUGUUCAAUGCACUAGAUCUGAUGGAUAAUUCAUUGUUCGUCGAAGAGCAAAAGUUCGGUCCCGGUGACGGGCAUCUGAACUAUUAUCUCUACAACUGGAAAUGUCCCGAUGUGAAGCGACACAAAAUGGGUUUAGUGAUGCUUUAA